UUGUACCGUCUCGUUAUUUCAUGGGCUCUUCCUUCUCCUCAGCCACCACAACCUCCCCGUCUUCCCCGACGGCCAAAGUCAUCGCUACCGAUGGCUCUCUGAAGGAGUACAGGGCCCCCAUCGCCGUCUCCUCCGUGCUCGGCUCCUGUCAUCAGUUCUUCUUCGUAUGCAGCUCCGACAGCCUCUAUUUCGACGACUACAUACCUUCCUUGGCUCUAGACUCUGUGCUAGAACUGAAUCAGAUAUACUUUGUGUUACCAGUUUCAAAGUUGGAGUAUCGGUUAUCGGGCUCUGAUAUGGCGAACUUGGCGACUACGGCGAGUUCAGCGCUUGCUCGCGCAUCGAGCAGUAAGAAGAAGGAUGGUGGAAGGGGAAGGAGGACUCGGGUUGCUCCGGUGGCCAACGUUGUUUGUCAGGUGGAUUGUGCCGGAGAUGCUAGUGCUUUCGUUAAGAAUUGUGUUGGAAAGAUGGAGGGGGAAAUGAGAGGAGCAAGGGCUUUUUGCAAUUUCAGAAGGGGGAGAUUGAACACAAUUGAGGAGAUUUGAGGAAUAAGUAACCAAUUGGUUUCAAUCCUAGCCUUUUCUGUGUAUUCAAAUCUUUAAUUGUCCAGUAUUUAAUGGAUGCAUAUCAAUUGCAUGUUCUGAGUGAAAAAUGAAAAUCAGUUUUGUAAUUUAUAAGAGAUAAUA